AUGGCUUCGAUGAACAUGGGCAUGUUGCCCACCAUAAAAUGCUCCAAUUGCGGGUGCAACGUCGAGAUCUCCUCUAUGGGGGAUCAUACUUGUAUUCGAAAUGAUUUUGUCGCGCCUAUCCCAUCGCCGCCUCCAUCGGCAGGGUUCGAUUCGGACCGAUUCACAGAGGCAAAGGUUGGCCGCGGGCCCCCUCCGGCCAUAGACCCCUCUGCUGCAAAUCGAGCGUUUUUGCAGCCAAAUAUGCCGACACCAGCUAACAGUGUCCAUCUGUCACCUCUCCCUGCCAGUCCAGCACCUUCAUCCAUGGUGCGCCCGUCUCAGAACAGUCUGACCGAUGAUUCUGUCUUCUCAUUCCCCAUGCCUGGAAACAGGUCGCCGACUGAAGUAAGGACACCAAGUCCAAUGACGGAUCGGACUGCGCUUAAAGCACUACCACCAGUCCCGCCGGGACAAGGGCUGAGUUUGACUCCAGAGAAUAUACGCCUUCCACCUAGUCCACUACCACCUAAGUCCCCAGAUACGAAUCAUCACAGGGCGGAGUCGGCGGUGAGCAACAGCAGCUACCGGUCAUCUUUCGCCAGCAGUCGCUACGGCGAUUCCACAACGAGGUCAUCAGCCAACAGCCUCUCGCGUGGUUUCCGGUCAUUUAUGGACGACACACCACCAGUGCCGCUGGCACCUCUCCGCACACCCAACAAUACUUCGUUCCCUCGAGAUUCCAACGUCUCGGUGGUUUCAUCUCGGAUUAGCAAGGAAGAAGCUACUGGGUUCGAUUUUGGUAUUCCUAAAGGCCAAAACCCAGCCACUGGACUACAAGAUCUCCCGGAGGAACCUUCAUCGGGCCAAUUCCAGGAUCAUCCUGAAUAUAUCGCGUUCAAUCCUGCACAAACCCAUCUCCACCCUGCGACAGCGGCAACAGAGCCAGGUAGAGAUGCGCCAAGGAAAAGCUCAAACGCAAGUACAACAAGUGCAUUUUCCGUCACUAGCUUCGCCCGAGCCCUCGGUCUGGAGGAACAAAUGAAUCAAUCUGAAACCUCUGGCUCCGAUUCAUCGCCCUCUGAUGCACGCAGUGGUAGUUCCAUGUCCAGUCUUCCCUCCGAUACCAGCUUGAACCCACACAAACCUACCGAUCCGCUCAAUCUAGGGCCCUUGGUUGAAGAACUGCCCGCCCGGACCCGACAGACGAUUGUAGAAGUACCCGGCCGUAUGCGGAGCACCAUGGAAGAUGUCCCUCCUAUCCCAGCUGCUUUCUUCAGCCCGGAUUCACCUACUGACCCUUCAAUCAACCAAGGUGGCGUGUCGUUGAUUGCGGAGAAGAAAGAUGUGCCCCCGACUCCGACCCCAACACAACCGAAGCAAUCUAUUCCCCGAAAACCACCGCCACAACGAUCAUUUACAGCCCCCCUGCCACAACUACAAACACCAGCAACACCAACCCGAUCCGCCACACGUUCGAAGGGGAAAUGUAAAGGUUGCAACGAGACAAUUACAGGAAAAUCGAUAUCAUCCUCGGACGGCCGUCUCACAGGUCGGUACCACCGUGGCUGUUUCGUUUGUUUUGAGUGCCACUCUCCCUUCCAAACAGUCGAUUUCUAUGUCCUCAACAACAGACCUUUCUGCGCGCAACAUUACCACGAACGGAACGGGUCCCUUUGCGCCGGCUGUCACACCGGAAUCGAAGGCCACUACUUGGAGACCGUCGAGCGGAACCCUGCACGGUCAGAUCGCCGUCGAUUCCACACCCAGUGUUUGCAGUGUCGUACAUGUCAUGUCCUUCUCAAGGGCGAUUACUUCGAAUGGAAUGGCGAAGUCUUCUGCGAAAGAGAUGCUCGCCGAGCCGCUGCUGCAUACCACCCGCCACCUCCUGGUCCUUCUGGUCGUCGCCGGCCCACACUACCCUCGUCUCCCUUGGCCCAGUCUGGCCAAUUCCCACCAGGCCCGUACCCUCCAAAUGGCGGAAGACCUGCACCUGGGCCUGGACUGCACCCCGGUGCUCGAUUCCCCCCUGGAGGCGGAGGCCGGUUCCCUGAACGACGAACCACUAAGCUUAUGAUGAUUUGA